AUGGCAACGACGGAGGCUCUUCAACAACAAAAGCCAUUAGGAGACACUCUGGAGGACCAAAAGACACGACUGGAUCGACAUGGGUAUCUCUUUGGUCAGAAAAUCACACACUCCUUAUCACCGUUCUUACACCAGAUCAUAUACGACCACCUGGGCUUGAAAUGGAGCCAGAUACGGCUCGACUCAGCAGACAUGUCGCAGUUCUUACAACUUGCACAGCAUCCAUCAUUUUACGGUGCCUCCGUCACCAUGCCCAACAAAGUCGCCAUCCUCGCGCACCUGGAUGAAAUGACAGACGAGUGCAGAGACGUCGGCGCCUGCAACACGCUCUUCCUCAAGCAACGCAACGGACACCGCAUCCUCUGCGGCACAAACACCGACGUCGUCGGCAUCAGAGACUCGUUCCACCACAACGUCGCCGACCCCUCGCACACGUUCCACGGCCGCCCGGCCCUCGUCAUCGGCGGCGGCGGCGCAGCCCGGAGUGCCAUCUACGCGCUCCGCAAGUGGAUGCACGUGACGGACAUCUACCUCGUCAACAGGGACAAGAGCGAGGUGGACGCCAUGGUGGCAGACUGCUCCUCGCGCGGAUACGGCCACGGCCUGCGGCACGUCGCGAGCGUCGACGAGGCGCGUGCCGUCGACGGACCGGGCGCCAUCGUCGCCUGCGUGCCCGACUGCGACCCCCGGACGCGCGAGGAGCUCGUGGCGAGACAGGUGGCCGAGGUGUUGAUGGACAAGCGCCACAAGGGCGCCAUGCUGGAGAUGUGCUACAACCCUUCGCCGUUUACGCGGCUGGGCGCCUUGGCCGGGGAAAGGGGCUGGCAGGUGAUUCUGGGCACCGAGGCGCUGAUAUGGCAGGGUCUCGAGCAGGAUAGAUACUGGACCGGCUUGCGGAUCGACCAACUGCCCGUGGCUAAGGUCCAGUCGGCCAUUGGGGAAAAGGUGGCACAGCGGUCGCAGUCGCGCCUGUAG